AUGAGUGGAUUCUCUGCCUCGUCUGCGUUCAAGUCGGCCAAGACCUUUGCCGACAAAGGUCACGCCCAGAUCCAGCAGGGCUUCAAGCAGCUCGACUCGCGCGUCCCAAUCGGCAGCCAGAAGCGCACCGACUCGUCCUCGGCACCACCAGGCGGCGCAUCCUCGCCCGGCCUCGCCACCUACUCGAACCCGGCACCUCCCCCUCCUCCUCCGACCCGCACGGCAACUGGCGCCGCCGGACCGCCCCCGCCGCCCGGCCGUGGCCGCGCCGGCAGCGCCGCCUCGUCGUCGUACGCCGCUCCCGCCAACGCUUCGGGCCCCGCCGGCAAGGGCGUCUUCUCCGGCAUGGACCAGCGCGAGAAGGAGGCCUUCUUCGCCCUCCUCGACGAGUACUUCUCGAGCCGGCCCCAGUUCGCCAGCCUCUUCCAGGGCGCAGGCGGCGCCGCGCCUCCUCCCGCAGCUCAGGCCCCGGCGCCGCCCGCUGCAUCUCGACCGACGCCCGCACCGCCGGCCUACCCUGUCGGUCUGGGAACGGCCGUCGCGCUGUAUGCGUACGAGGGCGGGCAGGCCGAGGACCUGUCGUUCGCCGAGGGCGAGCGCAUCACGGUGCUCGAGAUUGUGAGCGACGACUGGAUGAAGGGCGAGCUGAACGGUCGCAAGGGCAUCUUCCCGAGCGCCUACGUCCAGAUGCAGGGCUGA